AUGAAAUUAGAGAUUAUCAAUAUAUAAACGGACAGGAUAAAAAUUGCAGUUAAUAAAGAAUCAGAUAAAGAGACUGAAUAAGAAAAUAUUUAUAGAUUCAUAUAAGAUAUGAUAAAUUCUGGUUAAAAUGAUGUUGCAAUCAUGAUGAAUUUAUAAUUAGCCUUGAAAAUUAGUCAGGAUGAAAUAUAUCAAAUGAAAUUUUAGCAUAUUUACAAAGAAGGUAAUAAUUGUAUUAUAACAUUUAAUAAUAAGAAGGAAUUAGUAUUAAAUAAUGAACAUUUACUGUCAGAGUUAUAAUUGAUCUUCAAGGUCAAUAUAGGAGGAAAAGUGUCGAACAAAAGAAACAGAAUAAUUGAAGCCUUUAAUCAGACAAGGAAGUUUAAGCUUAAUCAUUUAGGAAAUUCAGAAAAUGAUAAGCAAUAUUAAUAGUUUUUAUAAUAAAUAAGUUUGAGUAAAUAUAAGAUGAUGGAUAGGUCCAAUUUAAGAACUUUUACCUUAUUGGAUAAUUCUUUGUAAAAUCUUUAAUCGCAAAAGAAGGAUAAAAAGGAAGAGAAGUUGCGCAAACAUGAAUAUACAUUGUAUGAUAAGGUAUUCAAGAGGACAAUGAGUGGUGAUUUAAUAGAAAUAUCAAAUGAUCAGAAAAGCCCAAUAGAACAAAUAGUUAAAUUAGGUCUAUAAUAAUCAGAAUGA